AUAAAAUUCGUGUACACCUUAGUACUAAGCAAUCGCAAUUUCUUUGGGUUCGGAGGUUUUUGGCCGGACGAGACAAGCGCACACAGUUGUUGCUUGCUCCUCUCUCUCUCUCUCUAACUAUCUCUUCACGCUCUCUCUCUCUAGCUAGUGAGAAACAAACAGAAACCCCAAAAGAGAUUUUGGAGAGAGAGAGAGAAAGUCUGAGGUUUUUCCUUUCUGGGUGCUCUUUGUCCUUGUCAGUGAAGCCAUUAUGUCUUCAAUUCUCCAGAUUUCAGCUCUCCAUGCUUCUCCUUCAGUGCCCUUUUUCCCCUAGGAGGAUCACAUCACUGAACUGCUCGUCUGCUAGUUGAGUUUAUUGUGUAAUAUCUCGUGGGAUCUUUCAAGGAGCUAGAUGGGUUCCAGAUUCAAUUCUCAUCAACUCAGCAAUGGCCUUUACGUUUCAGGCCGGCCAGAGCAACCAAAGGAAAGGACUCCAACUAUGAGCUCAGUUGCCGUGCCCUAUACUGGUGGAGAUAUCAAGAAGUCGGGAGAACUAGGGAAGAUGUUUGAUAUCCCUACAGAUGGCUCUAAGUCUAGAAAAUCUGGACCUAUAACUGGUGCUCCUUCAAGGACUGGAUCUUUUGGAGGUGCUGCUUCACAUUCAGGACCAAUCCCUAAUUCUGCAGCUCGUGCAGGCUAUACCACAUCAGGUCCCAUAUCAUCUGGAGGCAUGCCCGGUUCUGCUUCCUUAAAGAAGUCAAAUUCUGGACCACUGAAUAAGCAUGGGGAACCUCUAAAGAAGUCGUCUGGUCCACAAUCUGGUGGGGCAACACCAACUGGCCGGCCAAACUCUGGACCUCUUCCUCCUGUUCUCCCUGCAACAGGUCUCAUUACAUCUGGGCCCAUUUCUUCCGGCCCACUAAACUCUUCUGGUGCUCCUCGUAAGGUAUCUGGUCCUUUGGAGUCAAUGGGUUCAAUGAAAGUACACGGUUCCUCCAUUGGUCACAAUCAGGCCAUUACUACUCUCAGCCAAGAUGACGAGUUUUCAUUUAGGAAGAACUUCCCAAAGUUAAUUAUGUGGUCUUUGAUUCUUCUUUUUGUGAUGGGGUUCAUAGCUGGUGGUUUUAUUCUAGGCGCAGUCCACAAUGCAAUUCUCCUCAUCGUGGUUGUGAUCCUUUUCGGUGCAGUUGCUACACUAUUCACAUGGAAUACCUAUUGGGGAAGACGAGCUAUUAUAGGUUAUAUUGCUAGUUAUUCUGAUUCUGAGCUGAGGACUGCAAAGAAUGGGCAAUUUGUGAAGGUCUCAGGGGUGGUCACUUGUGGCAAUCUGCCUCUUGAGUCGUCCUUUGAAAAAAUUCCUAGAUGUGUGUAUACAUCUACCAGUUUAUAUGAGUAUCGAGGAUGGGAUUCAAAAGCUGCCAACCCUACACAUCGUCGAUUUACUUGGGGGCUCAGGUCCAUAGAAAGGCGUGUGGUAGAUUUCUACAUCUCUGAUUUCCAAUCUGGGUUAAGAGCAUUGGUUAAGACUGGUUCUGGGGCAAGGGUGACUCCUUAUGUUGAAGAUUCGAUUGUCAUUGAUGUGAAUCCUGAAAAUGAAGAGUUGUCCCCAGAGUUUAUUAGGUGGUUGGGAGAGAGGAAUCUUUCAAGUGAUGACCGCAUGAUGCGGUUGAAAGAAGGGUACAUUAAAGAAGGAAGCACAGUUAGUGUAAUGGGAGUCGUCCAAAGAAAUGAAAAUGUGCUGAUGAUUGUUCCUCCACCUGAGCCGAUCACGACAGGAUGCCAGUGGGCCAAAUGUAUCUUUCCAGCCAGCCUCGAGGGUAUUGUGUUGAGAUGUGAUGAUGCAUCAAAGAAUGAUGUCAUCCCAGUUUAGCAGUAAAGUACACUGCAGACUUACCCUUGUAGGUAUUUCUCUUUCGGGAGUAUAUUCUUUCCCUCUAUUAUUAUUAAUUAUUGUUGUUAUCGAUGUUGGCGAUGAUGUUAGGAGUGAAGAAGUUGUGUCCGUGACAGAUUAAGACGGGGGUGGCGGUGUUUAUUUCUUUUAACAUGGUGUAUAGUUUUUCCAGGUUUCAUUUUCCUUUAAUUGUUUUUAUUCUAGGGUUUGAAAGCUUUGUAAUGGGGGUGGUUUUGAUGAAGCAAGGAAUUUACAUGUUUAAUCAGAUUGACUUAAUGAAUGUGAAAUAGAAAGAAGAAAGAAUUGAGUUGUUUGUA